CAGCUGCCAAUAAGUCUCUUAAAGUGAAAUUCACAGCACCAUUAUCACAUUUUCUUGCAUUUGGGUACACAGAUGAGGAGAGAGAGGCCGCCUGAGCAUGCCGGUAUGGUGGCCAAAACUUUGUGAAGUAGGUUGGACUUCAAAGGAAGAGUCUUCUCCUGAUUAUAUUUGUAAUCAAGACAUGACCAAGAAGUGAAUGAUGGGAAUGGAAAGUCAAUAUUCACUGAUGGUCGGCAUGAUGUAUGUAUUUAACUCAAUGUUCGGAGUUGGAAUCUUAGCCCUGCCCAAAGCCUUUGCUGAUGCAGGCUGGCUGGCGAGCAGUGUUAUCUUGGUACUUGCCAUGGUGAUGAGUUACAUAACUGUGACCUUCCUGAUUGAAGUAAUGUCCUCUGCAAAUGCAAGAGUUGUUUGGGACAGGAGUAAUGACAGCCACAAGGAGAAUGAAAUGAUAUUGAAAGAAAAUAUUCCCAUGUCUGCAAAGAGAGGAGAAGAGUCCACCCAGUCAAAGGCCCUUCUUUCAGAAUCCUCAUCAAAGCACAUUUGCUGCUGCUAUUGCCUGCCAGAUGAUCCAAAGCCAAGUGUGUUUGAUAUAAAUGAGCUGUUCUCUCUGACUGACCUGACCAAGAUGUACUUCAGUACGGUUGGAGACCUCCUGAGUCGAAUUACAUUGAUGCUAGGCAUAUAUGGAUCUUUGGCCAUGUUCCUGACCAUGGUACCAUUCAGCCUCACGGAACUGUUCUGCAAUAUCCCUAGUUGCACAGGAGAGAGCAAUUUCACAAGUAAUUCCUACGAUGAAAACCACUGUUGGGGGCCCAUCAGCAGGAUUAAUGCUUACAGGAUUUUUCUGGCUGGCUUUGUUUUACUGAUAGGACCUUUUGUAUUUUUCUCCAUUCAGAAGAAUAAGUUUAUUCAAAUCUUUGCUACCAUUGUAUCCUUUUCAGUUUUUUGCAUUAUGUUCAUCAUGGCCUUCCAUCUCCUAGCUAUUGGCCGAGGCAAAGGAAAUCCUGCUCUGGCUAACUUCAGUGCUCUUCCAAACAUCUUUGGAGCUUGUUCACUAGCUGCUGUAUCCCAUGCCACCCUUCCUCAUAUCAUUCCUCCCAUACUAAACAAGGCCAACCUUGGUCUGGGAAUUGCUAUUGUCUUCAUAGUUGUGGGUGCUUUUUAUGCACUGCUUUCAUUAACGAUCACGUUCACCUUCGAAAAUGACAAGAUUCAGGAAAUUGUUCUGUUAAAUUUUUUGGAUUGCUCUAUUGUGCCUGGAGUGUUCUUCAUUUACUUCUUGGGACUCUAUACCACUUUUAAAGUGAGUGCCAUCUUUCCCCUGAACGCAGUGGCUUUAAGAGACAACAUAUGGGCUAUGUUCGGCUCCUUCCAAUGUUCUCGCAUUUGGGCUGUUGAAAGACUCUUCUUUCCGCUUUUGGCCAUCAUCCCACCAACUGUGAUUGCAGUCGUUACUGAGAACAUAGAGGUGAUUGUAGGAAUAACUGGCUCCUAUGCCGCAACCACCAUCCAGUUUAUCAUCCCACCUCUGCUGGUUCACUAUAGCCGCAUAGAUACCCAGGAGAAGUUUGGCCCAAGUGUUCGUAUCAAGCAUGCCUCUCCAUUUCAGCACAACUUUUGGAUAAUUCUAGCCAUCAUCUUUGCUGUAUUUACUAUCACCACGGUGACAAUAUUGUAUAUAACACAUCAAAGUUAA